UUUUGGCUUUGUUUAGGUGGGGUUCGUUUUGAUAAAGAAGAAUCAUGGUUGGGUUUAAGAAUCGUUACAUGGUGGUGGAAGUGAACUUGAAUCCUAAUAGAGACCAACUCAAAGAUGACCCCAUGACAUUAACACCCUACAAUGUCACCAAAGCCAUUAAAGACUGUAUUCUUCUCAACUUUGGGGAGUGUGGUCUCGCUUCUUCAGUAGCAUCUUUCCAAGGGAAAAUGAAGAAAGUAUUGAUCACCUACUGCUACAUUGUACAGUUGUCAGAUCACUUUGGAACAAGCUAAGUGUGGAGGCGGGUUUUAGUUGGGCAAUUCCAGCAAAGUGUGGUUCUUUGAUGAUUGAGAGUUGUGGGUUUAGGUUCUUAACAAGUAGGCCAGAGUCCUAUGGAAUAGUAGUAUGGUGCUUUCAUUAUUAUGGUCUCUGUGGAUGGAACAGAAUAACAGAAUUUUAGAGGAAAAGGAGA